AUGACAUGUGAGGAUUAUGGGGGAAGGGUCCUCUGGAAAGAUGCAACCUCAAGGGUGGGCCUGGUUCUAUCCUUUAGGCCCUACGUGGUCUUCCAGAGACAUGCCCCUGAGCCAGAUCUAGGGGACAGUACUGCCCAGCCCCAAGACCCGGAAGUGGUCUUUGGAGAUGUUUCCGGGAAGACUGCCGCGAGGCGUGUGGACAGGGACGGACUCCUCAGUGGCCAGCAGCUUGUUAGUCCCAGGCGGCGUCGCAGGCGUGAGCCCCGCCCAGCAGGCCUCGUGGUUUUAGGGAAUAGGGGGGUAGAACAGCUCGCCCGAGCAGGCUGCUCACCCAUACUCUUGCUCCCUAGCAGUGCCCCUGGCUCGCCUGUAUCAUUCUGGACUUCGGGGCUUGAGAGGCAAGGGCUACGCUCCGGGCAUUCUGGACUUCGCCUGUAUCAUUCUGGACUUCGGGGCUUGAGAGGCAAGGGCUACGACGCUCCGGGCAUUCGUGGGCCUGACAAGGCCCGCCCGGCCCUCGCCCUGGAGGCCUUUGGGUGCCUGGCCUGGGGCUACACCAGCCGCCUGUGGGAGCAGCUGCGGCAGUUCUGGAUCGACCACUGCUCGCGGCGCUUCUCACCGCGACGCCCGCCGCUGCGCCGCAUCUCCUCCAUGUCUACCUUCUACCUGUUGGACCACCAGACGCGCCAGGCGGAACUAGGCCUCAGCUAUGGCUUGCCCCGCACGCGCCUCAGCGACGAGGCCUUCGUGUUCCGCGGUGGACGGUGGACCGCCGAAGGCCAGCCAGUGUGGUCGCGGCCGCAGCUGCCCUCGCAGACCAUCGCCGGCUGGAAGGCACAGAUGCAGCGAGUCAAAAGCCAAGUGCUGCUGGAGGAGAAUAACUACCUGAGGCUGCAGCAGGAACUGCUUAUGGACAUGCUGACGGAGACCACAGCCCGAAUGCACCUGCUGGAGAAGAAGCUCGACCAAGGGGCAAGCCCGGCUGCCGCGGCGUGCGCCUGGCAAAGGAAGACGCGCAAGCGCGAAGGCGCGGGCAGCCUGCCCAUGCUCGAGCCGCGGGCUCCGGAGUCGCGGUGACUCAAUAAAACCCGUGCGGCGCAUGCGCACCUCGCUCGCACCUCAGGCGCGUCGCUCCGGAGGGCAGGCACUGACCGGGCUCCCGGCGAGCAUUGCGCACGCUGCGUGCGUGCAGGGAAGAUCACUUCCGGCCUGUGGUGGACCGGGAACUCCCCAAAAGCCGGUCUCGGGAGGAUGCGAUAGGGGUGUGUAGGAAGAAGUUUGCAGGCCGCUGGGAACGCGGAGUGGGAGCCAGGCCGGCAACAGGCAGUGUCUAGGGGGCGAGGAUGGCAGGCGGUGAAAGGCAGUGACAGUGAUGGCUUUCUUGGCCUAAGGGACGGAGGACAAAAGUCCGGGAGGCGGGGAAACCCGGGCUCAGGCAGGGAGGGUGCGGUUGGGCGGGCGGGUCAAGGACCUUGCACUUGGCCCUUCCCUCCUUGAGGCGCUCCCUGGAGGGGUUUCAGUCUGAUUCAGGAUAAGAAUGUAUUUUACGACCUGGAAACUGUUUCGAGACAGAAGCCUUCUCGAAACUUGGGGCUCUGCCUCUCCGUCCUGGCUGGAUGGCUUUUGGUGAGACACUUUCCUGGCUUCUUUCUAAAAUGACUGGUCGGAAAAAAAAUAAAUAAAUAAAAUGACUGGUCGGGGAUACAGAUAAGCGCUCUCUAGAGCUGAUGUAGUGCACAGAUAAGAUUUGCUCAAUCCACUUUUUUUACAGUUUUGUGUGAGUUGCCCACACGUACGAAUUUGGAGAUUUCCCAUUAAAAAUCCAGAUUUUCUGUGUUCUCCUGAAAACCCAGGAAAUUUAGCCAUCACGGACCUUGGUUUUGCCCAAUAGCAAUUGCCUCCUGGUCAGCUUCACUCAUUUCCUCCUAUAGGUGUCUGAUUUUUGAUCUGCUUCUAGAUCCAUUCCAGAUGGGUGUUCUCUCCCUGAAAAUGGGGACCCCCUCUCUGUGCCCAAGGUAUCGAAUCGGUGCCUUUGGUGAGUGUGUUGUACUUGUGAGUGAUGUGGCUGCACCAGGAGGUGAUGACACUGGCCCUUGGUAUCUGCAAACUUUCCUUGGAAUACAGACAGGCGAUGUCAGCAUGCAGUAAGUCCAGAAAGAUUCCAAAACAUUUCCCUAGAGCCACGUGAAAUCUUUGAGAGAAGUGGGUGUCCUGCCUUACCUUAACUUGCUUUCAGGAGAAAGACUAGGGGUUACUAAACCAUUACUUUGUACAAAAUGUGGCCAAAACAACACAGAC